GCUUUGCUUUGAUCUGAUUUUUCUUAUCGAUUUGUUAUCUACACGCCACCCUCCGUCAUAAUCAUUUUGUUUCUUCACGUAAUACAGAAACACUUCGAUUUUCUGCCAAAAGAAUGGCGAAUAAAGAAGGAAAUCCUUCAUCUUUGCCUGUAGAUCAAGAAAUUGAACAACUCACAGGCAUGGCAAGAGAUGAGGCAAUAUUAGCACAUCAGGAUAAACUUGAGAAAGAGAUAAAAGAGUCCACCCAACUUAUUAGUGAGAAGCUACCACUUUCUGUUCUCACAGAUGAAUUCAAAAGUGAUCCUGUUUACUGUCAGAAAGUAGAAGACCUUUUAACAAAACACCGAUUUAUCAGGAAAACAAGAGGUGAUGGGAACUGUUUCUUCCGUGCGUUUGGAUUUGCUUACUUUGAAACUCUUCUGACAGACAAAGAGGAGCUACACAGAUUUAUUGGCAUUGCAAAGAAGAGCAAAGAUGAGCUGAUAUCAUUAGGUUUUCCUGCCUUUACAUUAGAGGACUUUCAUGACACAUUUAUGGAAGCAGUGCAAUCAAUCCAAGAUAAACCAAGCCUAGAGAACCUGAUAGAGACAUACUGUGACCAGGGUAUAUCUGACUAUCUGGUGGUUUACUUUAGACUUCUCACUUCAGGAGAACUCAAGAAGCGAGCGGACUUCUAUAAGGACUUCAUCGAAGCUGGGAGGACUGUGAAGGAAUUCUGUAGCCAGGAAGUCGAGCCGAUGUCCAAAGAGAGUGACCACAUCCACAUCAUUGCUUUGACCAAUGCACUAGAGGUGGGCAUUAGGGUAGCAUACCUUGACAGAGGCGAAGGGGGCAAGGUCAACUGCCACGACUUUCCAGAUGGCUGUACACCUCAAGUCAUGCUCCUGUAUAGACCAGGCCACUAUGAUAUACUCUACUCAUAGUCACGUUCUGAGUGCUCUCUAGGCAGAGCUUGUCAUGGAACAGGAAGGAACUUUUUCAGGUGACAUCUGAAGGUUUUGUGGAAGCUGCUGACCCUGAUAGACUGCUCUACCAUGGAGGCUCACAGUGUAGGGAUUGUUAGAGUGUGCCCUUGAAGAGUGUUAUCUGGGUGCAUGUUCUUGAUGACUUUUGGAAGAAAGAAAACCGAUUUGGUGGCAUGAAAGGAUUUUGAUUGAUUUACAGCACCACGUUUCCAACGGCAUAUGGAGAAAGUUGUAGUAUAUUCAAGUAAGAGUUCAUCUGAAUUUAAUUGGAAUUCCAGGAAAUGGGGUUUGGAGAUGUAGAGAUUCACCUCAGAGCACCUGUGAUGGCUGUGAGUGUGAGUACUAAUUGUGUUUAACUCAAUCACUGUGGUACUCUGAGUGAACUUUCUUUUUUUUUCCUUUAUUUUAUUAUCAUUGAGUAGACCAAGCUGAAAGAAAUCUAUAUCAUCUUUGAGGAUUACAGCACCCAGAUGGUUUGUAAAGACCAUGAUUGUAAUGUUUAGGUGACCUGUCCCAAUCCACUGGAACCCAAACACUUGUAAUGGCAUCAAGUUUACACACAUGUCUGUAAUACAGCCACUCUUAAUCCUUGAUAGUUUUGUAUGAUACAAAUGUUCGGCAAACCAUUGCUUGCUGGCGAAGCUCUUCAUUUAAAGGAGAAUGAAACCCAACAUUUAAUACCACAUAAUAUCAUUGAUAAGUACAUGAUAAUCAAGAUGAAUCCACUUAUACCCAAAUCCGAUUUCCCAGUAUGGAGUACCACCUCUUCAAAGUUAGGCUUCUUCAGGUUCGAAGUCUCUGAAUGGAGAUCGCCAUUGUUAUGGGGUUUGUUCAAAAUUGUGAUGUCAGCGACGAACAACUGCUCUCGGUAGUACUUCCAUGUGCAGUUAUACACAGGCUGAAACCACCCCCAAGUUUGCAGAAUAUAGAUACUUCUUUUACCAGAAAUAAAUAAAAUAUACACAUGAAACACUUGAAAAUAUUAAAAUUAAAAUUAUUUUAUGGUUUAAAAACACAUAUUGAUGAGUUUUGAUGAAAAUGUUUACACAAUUAUUUACGAUAUCCAAAUUGGCAAAUUUGUACGGACGGCCGGCCCCUGAACCGAGUGAUCGUGUUUUGUUGGAAGUUUGGUUGUCUAUCCCGUUUGAAUAUCGUGAAAUUGUUGAUUGUGCUAUAUUUCAAUAUGUCUAACGUUGUUUAUUAUUUGUUACCGUCAAUUUUAAGUAAAACAAAACUUAUCGCGGACGUUUGUAUUGAAAUAGAACUUAAAAGGCCCGAGAGCCUUCGACUUCAAGCCCCAAUACUCGGCCGAAAAAAUUGGUAAAAUGCUCGCUACAAACAACAUCAUUCCUCGUGAAUUUGGAGGAAGGCUUGUUGUAUUUCUCCACCUUUAGUGCAGCCACUCAUUCUUAGAGAUUUCUGGCUUCUUCUGCGGAUCGGGAGUUCGGUAAAAGCUGCAUUUUGUGCCCUUUUCUGACCGAUUUUCCGCUAGCAAUCACAGGCGCGCGCCGGGAUCGGACACCGAGUUGUCCGUCGCUGACGUCACAACCCCCCCACAGAGAUAUAGGGAGUAUAAGCAAAAUGGCGACCUCCACGGGUCUUUCGAAUAUCAAAAUAUUGAUAACUUUGACUUGGCAUAUCAUGGGAAAUAGGAAACCGUUCUGCCUCAUUUUUGUCUCACCUGCAUAGCAGAGUGAGACUAUAGGCGCCGCUUUUCCGACGGCGGCGUCAACACCAAAUCUUAACCUGAGGUUAAGUUUUUGAAAUGACAGCAUAACUUAGAAAGUAUAUGGACCUAGUUCAUGAAACUUGGCCAUAAGGUUUAAUCAAGUAUUACUGAACAUCCUGCCUGAGUUUCAUGUCACAUGACCAAGGUCAAAGGUCAUUUAGGGUCAAUGAACUUAGACCAUGUUGGGGGAAUCAACAUCAAAAUCUUAACCUAAGGUUAAGUUUUUGAAAUGUCAUCAUAACUUAGAAAAUAUAUGGACCUAGUUCAUGAAACUUAUACAUAAGGUUAAUCAAGUAUCACUGAACAUCCUGCAUGAGUUUCACGUCACAUGACCAAGGUCAAAGGUCAUUUAGGGUCAAUGAACUUUGGCCGAAUUGGGGGUAUCUGUUGAAUUACCAUCAUAACUUUGAAAGUUUAUGGAUCUGAUUCAUGAAACUUGGACAUAAUAGUAAUCAAGUAAUACUGAACAUCCUGUGCAAGUUUCAGGUCACAUGAUCAAGGUCAAAGGUCAUUUAGGGUCAAUGAACUUUGGCCAAAUUGGGGUAUUUGUUGAAUUACAGCCAUAAAUUUGAAAGUGUGUUGGUCUAGUUCAUAAAACUUGGACAUAAUAGUAAUCAAGUAUCACUGAACAUCCUGUGCGAGUUUCAGGUCACAUGAUCAAGGUCAAAGGUCAUGUAAGGUCAAAGAACUUUGGCCACGUUGGGGGUAUUUGUUGAAUUGCCAUCAUAUCUCUAUAAGUGUAUUGGUCUAGUUCAUAAAACGUGGAAAUAAGAGUAACCAAGUAUCACUGAACAUCUUGUGCGAGUUAUAGUAGUUUUCAAAAUCAGCACUGCUGCUAUAUUGAAUCGCGUGAUGCAGGUGAGACGGCCAGAGGCAUUCCACUUGUUAUUUAUAUUUAAUCAGUGAAAUGUAAUCGGCUUAUGACCAGAUAAUAAAUCUAUCCUUUCAUUUUCCUUUAACUAAAGUCUAAGCCACCCCAAGGUUAUUGAAAUAAUUGACCCAAAGAGUAACCCGAUGUCCGGCCAUUGAAGACCAUGCCCAUAGAUGCCCUGUUAAAUGGCUUCAAUGUCACUCUCAUUUGUCUUGGAGAUUUGUUGUGCUUUUUUAUUAUUUUCCAUUUGUAAUGUAAUAUAGAAAAUUGCCAUGAAUAGAAAGGUGACCUUCACCUAAAAAUAUGGCAAUAUAAGGCCUGAGAUGGAACUCAUUCUCAUUGUAAUGACAUGUGCUGAAAAAUGUCCAUAUAUUACUGGUCAACUGCCCAUGAACAGUCCAUAAAAAUAUAUUUUAGUUUGGCUCAAAACAGAAGGCUACAUGUAUAAUUUGAAAACGUAACUCCAUUACUGGGAAUGAAGCUCUGAAUCUCUCAAAGUAUGUGCAGAGAAGAAAGAAGUAUAGGUUAUAUCAUCUCCAUCGUAGUGCUUCAUAUCUUUAUUUCAAUUUUACUCACCCUGUGAUUUUAAUUCACUGAAUAAUAUUUCAAGUUAAAUUUUUUAAAUAUUUUUUUUACACUGUCUCAUCAGCUCCUCUUGCAAAUUUCAGGACAACUCCUAAUUAUAAAUAUUUCAAGUCCAGAGUAUGCAAUCAAUAUUGAUAGUUCUUGUGCAUAUCUGCAUGUUUUAUGCCCCCAAAUUUAUCUUAUUUCAUUUUAUCUCAUAUAUUUUACUUUUUAAAUUUAUUAUCAGCUUUAAAUCUGUACUAUCAGUGUAUUUCAUGCAUUAUACUGUACUGUCUAUAAUCAAUUAAUAUAACGUUAAUGGUACUGAUAACAUUAUAAUUACCUGGGGUGGCCACUGAAGUUAUGAAACUUUUCAAUCAAUUUGCCAUAUGUUUCCACUUUAAUUCUUCAAUAUAAAAUUCUAAGCUCUGCUCCUGAGCCUGGUGCUUUAA